CGCGUAUGUCGGAAGAAUUUGCGCCACAGAAAGACUAUCGUCUUCCUAAAAAUAUAGCCCCUGAGCAUUAUGACCUCACGAUUUGGACGGAUCUCCAGGAUCUGAAGUUCAGCGGUACUGUUGAGAUUAGCUUACGGAUUGGUACCGAUACCUCUACUGUUGUGCUCAACUCCCUCGCUCUGGAGUUCAGUGAGGUAUCUCUACAUUCCUAUGCUCUACAGAACACCCAGACGCCUUCGGCUACGGAGAUCGACGAUACACGCCAGCGUGUAAUCUUCACAUUUCCUGAUGUCCUCCCUGCCAACUCUACGGCGCGACUCAAAAUUGCCUUCAAAGCGGACGUCUCCAGCCAAAUGAUGGGCUAUUACAGAUCUACUGGUGGAAAGGACAGCAAGACUGUCUACGCACUCACGCAGUUCCAGCCUACGGCCGCAAGGCGCGCUUUUCCGUGCUGGGAUGAGCCCAAUUUCAAGGCCACUUUCGCGAUCACUAUGAUCUCUCGGAAGGAUACAGUCAACAUCAGCAACAUGCCUGUUGCCCACGAAGAGGUGUACACGCCUCAGCUGGAGGUUGAAGAGGGUUCGUGGAUUGCCAACACCUUCGCGUCGCUGCUUCAUCCGUCGGACUGGAAAAUAACGACGUUCGAAACAACACCGCCAAUGUCGUCCUACAUCAUCGCAUACGCCAAUGGUCCCUUCGAGUACAUCGAAAGCUCCUAUAAGAGCACUCUGAGUGGCAAGGUUCGACCUCUACGGUUCUACGGUACUGCAAACGCUAUUCCGCAUGCGCAAUUCGCUUUGGACACGGUGACCAAGAUCAUGCCCAUUUAUGAGCAGAUGUUCGAUAUCGAAUACCCCCUCCCCAAACUCGAUAUCUUUGCCGUAGAUGAUUUUGACCUUGGUGGCAUGGAGAACUGGGGCUUGGUUAUCUGUCGCACGCAGUAUCUCCUCCACGAUCCCACUUCCAACGAUGUCCAGAACCAACAAUCAGUUGCGUCCAUGGUUGGACACGAAGUUGCUCACAUGUGGUUCGGCGACAUCACGACGAUGGAAUGGUGGGAUAACCUGUAUCUCAACGAAGGAUUCGCGACCCUCAUGGGAGACAAGGCCAUCCUCGGUAAAGUGUGGCCAGAAUGGAAGCCAGAUUCCGAGUUUCUCGGCUCAAGCUUCUUUCAGGCGCGGCAGCUCGAUGCAAAGCUUUCCUCUCAUCCCGUCGAAGUGGAGUGCCCUAAUGAGGACUCCAUUCUGCAAAUCUUCGAUGCCUUGUCGUAUGCUAAGGCGGCGUCUGUCCUUCGCAUGCUCUCCAGUCAUGUCGGGGAGCAUCAGUUCCUGAAGGGCGUGUCUAUUUAUCUGAAGAAGCACCUGUACAAGAACGCAGUCACGAAGGACUUGUGGGAGGGCAUCCAAGCUGCAACUAACCUCGAUAUCCCUAAGAUCAUGGACACAUGGAUCAAAGAGAUGGGCUACCCUGUUCUGACGGUGACCGAGACGGAAGAUGGUCUACACAUCCGCCAAGACAGGUUUCUCGAGACAGGUCCUGCUGAGGAAAAGCACAACCAGAUCAUCUGGACAGUCCCAUUGAGCAUUCUCACGGUCUCCGACGACGGAAAGCCAACUGUGCAGAAGCACAUAUUCGACACACGUGAAAAUUUCUACUCCCUCGAAACUAGCAAGGUGUUCAAGCUCAACGUUGACACGACUGGCUUCUACGCUGUCCAGUACAGUCCUGAACGUCUAGUUAGGCUUGGCCGAACAGCUGCCCUUCCCGACUCUCCGUUCUCAUUAUCCGAUCGCAUCGGCUUGGUAUGGGACGCGUCUGCGCUCGCGAAGGCUGGAUACGCCCCUGUCAGCAGUGCAUUCGCGCUUAUCAGGAUGCUCCAGGGCGAGAAGGAAUACUUCGUAUGGGAUACGAUUGCGACUAACAUCGAGGAGAUUGUGUCCACAUGGUACGAAAAGCCACAGGUCGUGGAACUUCUGAAUGCCUUUAGAAGAGAUCUGUUUGUCCCUGUUGUCAAGAGACUAGGACUGAAGUACUCAAUAUCAGACUCCCCUAACGAUCGAUUGCUUCGUACUCUGGCCGUUAGGCAGGCAGCUGCAGCGGGGAAUCCCGAGGUUGUCGCCGAACUGAAGGCGUGGUAUGCCCACCUCCUACAAACAGGCAAUGACUCCAAAAUCCCCAGCGAGCUACAAGGCGUUACAUUCAAAGUUGGCGUUGGUGAAGGCGGGCGUCCGGAAUGGGAGUACGCCAAGCAGCUUGCAUCGAACCCCAAGAAUCCGGCACAAGGCGUCGCGGCGCUCUACGCAGUCGGCGCAAGUAAAGACCUUGGACUCGCAGAGGAGACUUUUCAGUUUGCGCUCACCGGGGUGCGCGAUCAGGACAUCCCCCGGUGCUUGUCGGGGCUACAGCAGAACCCGCUCACGCGCAAGUUCCUCGCGGAACGCGUGAAAGAUCGCUUCGACGAGUUGGAGAAACGCUAUGCGGGAACCUUCAACUUCAAGAGAUUCAUCGAAGUCUCAUUCCGGUAUCUAUCCUCUGAUAAGGACUAUGAGGCGACCGCGGCAUUCUUCAAGGACAGAGAUACUGCGGCGUAUGAUCAGGCCCUUCGCCAGAGCUUGGACAACAUCAAGACGCGUGCGGCAUGGGUGAAGCGUUCUACAGAAGAGCUGACAGAGUGGUUGAAACGACGUCCAGAGGGAGAGCGCUGAGACAGAGACCAAACACAAACUCACGGGUUACGGAGAAGUUCGGGGUGGCCACACCUUGGACAACUUCGCACAGCGCGCCGAAUCGCGCCUCACGACAUGCCCUCUUAAGACCACUAAGAACGACGGCACGAAGCCCCCCACCCAAAAAAAGUCACGGGUUGUUGUCUUCGCAUCGGCUCCGAUUCUCCUUACUUGCGCUUGGUUACCAAUGUAUCCUCUAUACUGACGUACUCCCUGAAUGAUGAU